UAAAAAUAGUUCUGUUGUUAUAAAAAGAAUUCAUGGCGAAUACCAAUACGUUGUGUUAUACAUGUAUAUAAUUCAACAGCGAUGAAUAACAGCGGCCCAAAACCGACACCAUUCGACAGUGGUAAGUGGUAUGCAUGUAUGAAAGGAAAGUAUGAAUCCUUAAUUUGCGAAAGCAACACAAAAUUGCAUCAUUUUUUAAAAGUUAUUUGUCAUCUCAAACACUAUGCAACAUUAAGAAAAUAAACGAUGGACUCAAUUUGCUUUUCUCCACUCUUAAGAUGAUGACCAAGAGUCAAGUGAACUGGAAAUGUCAUCAUACUUCCUAAACACUUAUGAAUGUGUAUAGAAGAAGGGGAGAAAGUCGGUCGUCCAGAUCGAAUUAUUAUUUUGCCCCGAGUAUCCGAGCUAAUGGGAACUGUCAAAUAAACAAGAAGAACCAUGUCGAGAUACCUAUCCGUAGAAUGUCUCAUUCCAAACUGCUGUCGUCAGAUUUACCUUUCCGUACCAAAUAUCGCCGGGGUAGCAAAUGUCGAUUUUUCUUCGUGCAAUGUUGCUGACAAAGACGGGGGUAUCAGCGAAACGACAGUGUAUUUCCAAGGAAACAAGUCGUCAGCGACAUUUGUGACCAGUCGUUGCUGCGGCGGGGUGAUGAAUGUGUAUUUAGAUAUUAAGAAAAAUUCCUUGUCAGCUGACCAUGUAUCGAAAGCGUCUGAUUCACUUAAUGCAUUCUUGACGAAGACAGCAGCAUAUGAGGUAACAUCCAAAGGAAAUAUUCCAGAGGUCGGAGACGUGCUGUAUGGCCAUUGGAGUUUUACUAUUACUGUCAUAAUGAUCUGUAUGGCACUGCUUAGUGUCAUCUGUGUCGGUUCUCUCCUAUACAGGCGUCAUAGAAAAACAAAAUGUACAGUUAAAGAAGAGUUUCCAGAUAGUACUCACCACCCAGCUAAAGAAGACUCAGAAAUGUCCGAAACACCAAGGAUUGAAUUAACAAAUACUGUGAAGGAUAACUAUUUUGUGUUAGAAAUAGGAGAUACAUUCGACAGUGAUUUAUCAGCAAACAUAAAUUCUGCACUGAAUGGUGAUAACGAAAUGCCAGGAAAUAUUCUUACAUCGGAAUAUAUGGAUAUCGUUUAUGAAACAACUGAAGUAAAUUGUCAAAAAGUUCCCGAUAAUGACCUUAAAUGUGACUGUGUCUACAAUACUCUACAUCAAACCAUGGUCUCUACAAGUGAUGCAACAAGUAUUAGUAAUUACAGUCAUCUUAGCGAUUUUAAUAAAGUUUAUAGUCACUUAAACGUUGAUAGAUGACUUUGGUGGUGUGUAUAAUAGGAUAAUUUUACUUACAAAAGUGUUUGAAACUUGAAUAAAUAGCGUAGAACAUUUACUA